UAUUUUGAUUAAUAGGAUCAAUAUAGUUACACCAAUUUUCAGAAAAAAUUAAAAUUAUAUUCCACUUCAUGUUCUGAUUCUACUUUUUAGUCAUUCAGAAGGCGCUCGGGGGACUUUCAGAGCUCCCAGAAUCAUUCUCAUCAAUCAUCAUUGUGCUGAUGCAGAUGCAUGAUGAUGACAAAGAAUAACAGAAUCCAGUUUAAUGGCAUAAUUCUAAGCAGUGUGUGACCCAGCUUGAAGCAGCCUUGCUCACCGAACCUCUGGCCCCAGCAGAGCUGUGAACCCAAGGCCUUGAUGCCAACAUUUUCCAGUUCUUUUUUCCACUCUUGGACUUUUCUGUUUCCAUUUUCUGCCCGGCUCUUUGAAUUCUCUUAGGCCUAGGAAAAUGAGAAAGAAGGUAUUUAUUCCAGGGCAGGCAGCUACAGGAAGAUCCUUAAGUCCUUGUCAGUUUUAUCUUGAGCUGGUUCAGGGAAAGUGAACUAUUUUACUGAAUUGAAGAGCAUUUGGAUAAUUGAAAAAUCGGCCUCUACAAUGAAGAAGCAGAAUGUGGGCUGGGCAAGUACUAGCUUAAAACCUGGAAGAUGAAAAGUGUUCUGGUGGGAAGGGGGAUGCUGGUUCUCCCUCUAACUGGUUCUGCUCUGAUACAGUGUGUGCUGAGCUCAGAUCUGAACGUUAAGGAUCCCAUGGGUGUGGCGCUGACACGGUCAAUGCAGUGGUCUGCUGCGGGACACGGGACCAGGACCCUGGAAGUCACCCCUCUGAAUGAAGCAGUAUUGACAGAAAUUGUUAUGUUUGUGGAGAGUUUUAUCUAUAAACACCCUCAAGAGGCAAAAUAUGUUUUUGUAGAACCACUGGAAUGGAAAACAAAUUUGGACCCCUCAGCAUUUGGAUCAGGUUAUAUUGUCAGUGAGACAACAGUCAACUCAGAAGACGUUGAUAAAAACGGACAGCCUUUGCUAUUUCUCUCUGUACCGCAAAUUAAAAUUAGGAGCUUUGGGCAGCUGUCACGCUUCCUGUUUAUUGCCAAAAGUACAAAGCUGAAGGAAGCACAAGCAUGUAUUGAAGCUAACAGAAAUCCUGUAGCAAAAAUCCUGGGCUUGGAUUAUAAAGUGAUAGAUGAAAUCAGUGAAGACUCAUCUGUAUUAAGUAUUCUUGAUAAAAUCACCAAAGAUGAUGAUCCGGCAAGUGAGACUAAGAUGAAGAUUGCCAUGCUACUUAAGCAGCUGGAUCUGCACCUGCUCAAUCAUACUCUGAAACAUAUUUCGCUAGAAAUACGAUUAAACCCAGGGACUUUUAAGAAUGAUAUAGAGCUGCUUAAACGAUUCUCAGGAAAAGGAAAACAAACAGUCUUGGAAUUUAUCGACUAUACCUCAGAUUAUGAAUUUUCAAAUGGAUGCCGAGCCCCACCUUGGAGACAACUUCGAGGGGAAAUUUGUUAUGUGCUGGUGAAACCACACGAUGCUGAAAUUUUGUGCGUGACUUGUAGCAAAGAAGGAGUGUUUUUAAAUGGUGGCAAAACGGAUGAUGAGGAGGAAGUUAACUAUGAGAGAACAGGUGAAAUUUAUAAAGACCUUGUCACACUUUUAAGAGAAAAAUCAGCAAUAUUUUCAGAAAAUAUGUCUAAACAAAAGGUUAGAGUCAAUGAAGGACAGCAAAAGGAAAAGGACCAGCCCGAUGAGACACCUAGGAAGAGGGAGGACGCCACCUUGCGUAAAGCUAGCACCGCUUCCCAUAGGAGUGCACUGGAGAGCAGCAGAAUUAAUCUGGGGAAGAAACAGAUGACCAAGAGAUUAGAGCCAAGCUUAAACUGGAAGAGCACUGUUGAUGCCAAAGGGAAAAGAAGCUCAGUAAGAGACACCCAAGGAGGAAAACAUGGAGGAAGACUUGAAAAGCCAAGACCAUCUAUUUUGCCUGGAAUAGCACAGUUUCGUAAGAGUGUUCAAAAGGUUGAGGACAUUAUUAGUGACAGCGCCUCAGAGAGUGAGGAAGAUGAAGAACCAUCUGAACGUCGUAAGGAAGCAAAUGCAGAUUUGCCAUCAGAAUACUGGCAAAUUCAGAAGCUGGUGAAAUAUUUGAAGAGAGGAAAUCAGACGGCUACAGUGAUUGCACUGUGUUCGAUGAAGGAUUUCAAAUUAGCGCAAGAGACCUGCCAGUUGGCGAUCAGGAAUGUUGGAGGCCUUGAAGUUUUAAUAAAUUUACUUGAAACGGAUGAAGUCAAAUGUCAGAUUGGUUCAUUACAAAUCCUGAAGGAAAUCAGUCAUAAUCCUCAAAUCAGACGUAAUAUUGUUGAACUUGGGGGUUUACCAGUUAUGGUUAAUAUACUCGAUUCUCCAUUUAAGUGUCUGAAAUGUCUGGCAGCUGAGACAAUUGCGAAUGUUGCCAAGUUUCGAAGAGCCCGGCGGGCGGUCAGACGCCACGGGGGCAUCACCAAACUGGUUGCUCUACUUGACCAUGAGCAGAACGCGACAGAGCCCGCCUAUUCAAGCCUGUAUGAGACUGAAGACGUGGAGCUGGCUCGCUGUGGGGCACUGGCGCUGUGGAGCUGCAGUAAGAGUAACGGGAACAAAGAAGCCAUUCGCAAGACGGGCGGCAUCCAUCUGCUGGCUCAGUUGCUGAAGACCUCUCAUGAAAACAUGCUAAUCCCGGUGGUGGGGACGUUGCAAGAAUGUGCCUCAGAGGAAAACUGCCGAGCUGCCAUCAAAGCAGAAAGGAUAAUUGAGAACCUAGUAAAGAACCUAAAUAGUGAAAAUGAGCAAUUGCAGGAGCACUGCGCCAUGGCCAUCUACCAGUGUGCUGAAGACGAGGAAACCCGUCACCUGAUGAGGCAGCAUGGAGGACUCAAACCCCUGGCCUCUCUGCUCAGUGAAACAGACAAUAAAGAACGGUUGGCCGCCGUCACGGGGGCAAUAUGGAAAUGUUCCAUCAGCAAAGAGAACGCAACCAAAUUCCGCAAAUACAAAGCCAUUGAAACUUUGGUGGGACUUUUAACUGACCAGCCGGAAGAAGUCCUUGUGAAUGUGGUUGGUGCGUUGGGAGAGUGCUGCCAAGAACAGGAGAACAGAGUCAUUAUCCGGAAAUGUGGCGGCAUCCAACCACUGGUGAAACUCCUUGUUGGAACAAACCAAGCUCUGCUUGUCAAUGUCACCAAAGCAGUCGGUGCUUGUGCAGUAGAGCCCGAAAGUAUGAUGAUAAUUGAUUCCUUAGAUGGAGUUCGUUUGUUGUGGUCCCUGCUGAAAAAUCCUCACCCAGAAGUGAAGGCCAGUGCAGCCUGGGCCCUCUGUCCCUGCAUCCAGAAUGCGAAGGAUGCUGGAGAAAUGGUUCGUUCCUUCAUUGGUGGUUUGGAACUUGUCGUCAGUUUACUGAAAUCAGAUAAUAGAGAGGUUCUGGCGAGUGUAUGUGCUGCUAUUACCAACAUAGCAAAAGAUCAAGAAAAUUUAGCUAUUAUCACAGAUUAUGGCGUUGUCCCUUUAUUGUCCAAAAUAGCAAAUACAACUAAUGACAAACUGAGGCAGCAUCUAGCAGAAGCUAUCUCCCGCUGCUGUAUGUGGGGCAGGAACAGAGAGGCCUUCGGUGAGCACAGGGCAGUGGGUCUGUUAGUGCGUUACCUGAAAUCAAAUGACACCAACGUGCACAGAACGACGGCCCAAGCCUUGUACCAGCUCUCAGAAGAUGCUGAUAACUGCAUUACCAUGCAUGAGAACGGCGCAGUGAAGCUGCUGCUGGACAUGAUUGGGUCCUCUGACCACGAUCUCCAGGAAGCCGCGGCUGGCUGCAUAUCCAACAUUCGCAGGUUGGCUCUUGCUAUAGACAAGGCGAGAUACACUUACAACUCAAACAGACAUUACAAGCUACCAAGUAUUACACAACAUAGAACAUGUCACUCCCAUGCCCAGGAACCCUAAAUUGGGAAACAUUUUGUAGCAAAUCCUUUACAGACAGACAAAUGUUUGCCUGAAAACACAGGAAUUUAGAAAUGCAAAGGAUGCUGUUUAUCCAAAACCUGCAUGGGCAUUUUUGUUCUAUUUUAGGGAUAUGCCACGUAGUCACCUGUAAAGCCAAUUUAUUUGUGAUAAUUUUCCAGGAAUUGAGAAUAUAUGUGUAGAGCACAUAUGUAUAUUUCAGGAAUGCUUCUGUAUUUCUGAUGGUUUUAAUAAAAG